GGGCCGUUGUCUGUCUGCGUUUCGGUAUCGAAACGUCUUAGAUAAAUAUUCUGAAGGAUUCUGAAGUGCAUUACUGUCAAGAAAAACUCCUGAAAUGUGGAGAGUCAGUAGUGUCAAAACCGGCAGAAGAUGCCUUCUUACACAGCACAUCCUUCGUUGUGCGAGUUCCAGAACUUUUUGUUCGAGUCAUGGAGAAAAAGUCAUGGCUAUCCGACGUGAAGACAUUAAUGUGUGGGAAAGAAGGUCACCUAUAUCUCCUGCUCACGUCUCUGAACUUGUAAACCGGGGAAUCAAAGUUUUAGUACAGCCUUCUACAAGGAGGGCUUAUACUAUGGACGAGUAUGAAAGAGCUGGGGCGAUCAUUACUGAAGAUCUUUCGCCAGCAUCGCUGAUCAUCGGAGUCAAAGCUGUUCCAGUUGAUCUUCUUCUCCCAAACAAGACUUACGCAUUUUUCUCUCACACGAUCAAAGCGCAGGAAGCGAACAUGCCUUUGUUGGAUGCUAUGCUAGACAAGAAUAUUCGCAUUGUGGAUUAUGAAAAAAUGAUGGACGACACAGGACAACGAGUUUGUGCUUUUGGCAAGUUUGCUGGAGUUGGAGGUAUGAUAAAUAUUCUACAUGGACUUGGUCUACGACUUCUUGCUUUGGGACAUCACACUCCUUUCAUGUACAUGGGUGCCACUCACAACUAUAAGAGUAGUCGUGCUGCUAAGCUGGCUGCAUAUGAGUUGGGUGAAGAUAUCAAGUCUGGUAAACUUCCAAAGCAUUUUGGAGCCUUAUCUUUUGUAUUUACUGGAUCUGGAAAUGUUUCUCAGGGAGCUCAAGAAAUAUUCAAGGAACUGCCGCACAUGUAUGUACAUCCUCAUGACUUGAAGAAAGCUGUAGAGGGAGGAGACCACAGGAAACUGAUAGGCACAGUUGUGAGCAGAGAAGACUAUCUAGUCCCUAAAGCUGGGGGAAAGUUUGAUGCCGAGGAAUAUGAAGCACAUCCUGAAAGAUACAGAUCCAAUUUUGCUGAAGUUGUGGCUCCAUACAUGUCAUGUUUGGUUAAUGGGACCUAUUGGGCACCAGGGAUUCCUCGUCUUUUGACUUACGAUGAUGCAAAGAAUCUACUCAAGCCCAUGGCUAGGACAAGUGCUUAUGAUGGCUGUCCAAAUCUACCCCACAGACUCUUAGCAAUAUGUGAUAUCUCUGCUGACACUGCGGGUUCUCUUGAGUUCAUGACARAAUGUACGACAAUUGAAUAUCCCUUCCAUUUGUAUGACAUCAAGAAUGAAACAUCACAAAUUGGAAUGGCUGGAGAUGGAGUGCUGAUUUGCUCCAUCGAUAAUCUUCCUGCACAAUUACCAAGAGAGGCAACAGACUACUUUGGAAAGCUUUUAUUGCCAUGGAUACCAGAAAUGAUUGACAGCCAUGCCACAGAUCCCUUUGAAAAACAGACUCAUCUGUCAAACACUAUAAAAAAUGCCAUUAUAACAUCAAAUGGUGAACUCACUCCUAAUUUCAAGUACAUUGCUGAUCUUAGAAAAAGAAUGGAAGAGGCUAAGACCAGAGCACUUGGACCCAAUGUUUCUGUACCAAUAAGUAAACGUGUACUUGUUCUUGGCUGUGGUAUGACUGCAGGCCCAGUUAUUGAGUAUCUUACGAAAGACAAAACUGUUGCAGUUACUGUUGCCUCUGAUAUAAUUUCGGAAGCCGAGGCACUUGCUUCCAAAUAUGUCAACACGACACCUGUCAUUUUGAAUGCUCAACAUUCACCAGACAAACUUGAAGAGAUGAUUAAAAACCAUGAUGUUGUAGUGAGCAUGGUUCCUUAUGAGCUUCAUGAUAUUGUCGCAAAGAAAUGCAUCAAACAGAAGAAAAACCUGUUGACUUCAAGUUAUUCUCAUGUACUAGAUCCAGAUAUACAUCAGGCCGCUGUUGAUGCGAAUAUCUCUAUUGGUAUGGAGUUGGGUUUAGACCCAGGUAUUGAUCACAUGCUUGCCAUGGAGUGUUUUGAUGAUGUUAAGGAAGAAGGCGGAAAGAUCACAUCGUUCUUGUCAUACUGUGGCGGUCUGCCUGCACCAGAAUGUGCUGACAACCCACUAAGAUAUAAAUUCAGCUGGAAUCCUCGAGCAGGUUUGAUGAGCAUCAUGCACGGGGCAAAGUAUCUGUGGUACGGGAAGACAGUUGAGGUUGCACCAGGAGAACGUCUUCUUGAAGAAAUCAAACCAACAGAUCAAUUCCCUGGAUUUCGAUUAGAAGCGUACCCAAACCGUGAUUCUACUGUGUAUAGGGAGAGAUAUAAUAUACAGACUGCUGAUACUGUGGUCAGAGGGACUCUUAGAUAUGAGUUCAAACUAGUAGCAAAAAUGAUGGGAAGACCAGAUGCAGGAAUGAAAGAACUAUUGUCUUUGAUCCACGAUCGUGUUGGAAGAGACGAUGCAAGGGUACAAGCCAUCCAUGAUUUGGGUCUCCUGUCAGAAGAGCCUGUUGUUCCACAAAAGAACGCCUUUGACACCCUGGCUCAYUUCCUCAAAACUAAACUAGCUUACAAGGAAGGUGAAAGAGACUUGGUGUUGUUGCGACAUGAGAUUGGAAUUGAAUGGCCAGACAAGAAAAUGGAGACACGAAGCAUUACUAUGACAAGCUACGGUGAUCCAAACGGCUACUCAGCCAUGGCAAGGACCGUUGGUAUCCCACUUGCCAUUGCUACAAAAUUUGUUAUGGACGGAGACAUCAAAGCCGCAGGAGUGUUUACACCAGUUCGACGCCAAAUAUACAAACCGCUGGUCAAAAAACUGAGAGUGGAGGGAAUCAAGAGUCAAAGCUCUUCUAAAUUUAUUUAAUUUAUUUAAUUUUUAAAUGUAAGAUUAAUUGAACGAUGGUUGGUUCAAAUGUUGCUAGGUUCUGUGUUCUACGUAAUAGAACGCGCAUGCGUAGUGUGUCUUAGGUCUAAAGGUUCAGCGGUAUCUUCGUUGGGUCAUGCUCUAUUGCCUUCGUACACGAAGAUAGUGGAUCAAUAAGCCUGAAGCGAGAUGACGUUUUACCCCCGUCUCUAGACCAUAAUCCUUUUCACAUUGCUUUUGUUCUUUAAUUAUGACUAUUGUUCCUGUAUUAUCUAAGGAAUCAAAAAUUUUAAUAUGAAAGAAUUUUAAAAACUAUUAUGGUAUAGAGUCGGGGGUAAAACGUCAUCUCGCUUCAGGCUUAUUGAUGCACGUGUUAUGCUACUGUUCGUGGCAUUAUUCUUGUCGUUCUUGUUGUCCUGGUUAUUUUUCUUUCUUUUUUCUUGCUUGUUGUUUAAUUUUUGCUGGUUUUAGUUGCGUCGCGUAGCUUUGCUUCGCCUAAAGUGAGCCAGCCCGUACCGUUCGGAACGAGUUACAUGGUUGGAUUAAAAAACAAUAGAUUGGUCAUCCAAACAAUAGCACUAAACCUAACCUUACAAAAGUGGUACUGUACUUAAGGAGCAAUGAAAAUCCAGCUUUUGAGCGGUACUGGAUUACUCCUAAAGUUUCGUUCAUCUUGCUCAGUCUGCUUUUAUUUAACGUUUCUGCAAACGUUAUUUUUCUGUUGUUUUCAGUAUAGUUAAUAUAAUAGUAUUUUAAUGUAUGAAGCAAUUUGUGAUGUGGGUGUGAGUGACAGUGGGCCAAAUUGGAAACCAGUAUAUACUGAAUUUGUGGGCCACUUUAAAAAAGUGUUUUAUUGCUAUUAUUUCUGCUUUAGCUUCAACUCUUUCAACAUUUUAUACACUGUUUGCCUGGAACCCGAUUUCCCUGCCAUGUUCUGUUCAUCAGCAUAAACUAAUAAUUUUAAACCAUUCUUCUUAACAAAUGCGAAACGUCUCAGUAGAAACGUUUAACAUUGCACUACUGCAUCUAUCCGUCCUUGUAGGCGAUAAAAGACUGAAGAAAAGGAAAGAUGCAGUCAGUACAGCGUUUUCACGUGAUGUCAUAGCGACCAUGUUGUCGUACCAAAACAAUACAUUUUCUAUUCUCUAUUUCUUAUGUAAAAACUGUGCAGAAAGCUUCUUUUGUUUGGUACGUCAAUGAAUGUGGCUGUCUUCUCGCGUGAGUUAAAACGCUCUAUAUCGCUAGCCCUUUUUUGCUAAUAAAAACAAAAACAGGCAGCCGAAGAAAUGUGGAAUGAAAGGAAAAUAGGAUCGAAAAAUUCUUGUCCUUUUAAAAAUAUCAAAGCCAUUUUUGGUUUUAAUAUUAGCAAUAAUUUAAAAUAGUAUUAAUUACGUUAAAUUAUUUUACAUCUUAUGUGUCCCAAGUAGUAACUUUUUUAAAGCAACGAAUAAUAUACAAAUAGAUGAAUUCUAGGCUUCGAAAGGUAGCGGCCGUACAUUUGCCUCAACUCUGGGAACUAGCACGGAUUCGAUUCCCGCACUCAACAUCCCAAGUGAAGUUUUUUCUCCAGCUUCUCUGGUUUUUCCUCCCUCCGCAAAAACCUAACACGCAAAAUUCCAAUUCGAUCUGUGAGUUAGGCCUAGGGCAAACGUCGAGCUUUCCAUGCACCACACUCAUUAAAAACAAUGGAUAUCAGGCGGUGAUAAUGAGGCAGCAUUCUUUGAUGUAAUUAAGUUCGGUGCAUGGAAAGUUCGACGUUUGCCCUAGACCUUAGCGCGCCGUAGCAUGGCUUUGAUCAAUCAGCUAAAGGUUGAUCCAGGACUGGAUCUGUGAGUUAAUUAACCAUGCGACAACCUAAAUCAGCCCAGAGUUUGUUUCAGGGUUAGAUAAAAUUUGAAAAGCCUUCGAGAUAAAACCCUAGAUUUUACGACUAACUUCAUCAAACUGGGUCAAUUACUUACCGAUAAACAUAAUGCUGUUUAAUCCUAACAUCACACCAUCUUAGAUAUAAUAGCUAUGCUGAAUACGCUUCUUGAAUUUUAGCUGACGUGCUUGCAUUACGUGAACAUGGCUUGUGCCUUUAUUAAUAUGAUACCCGAAGUCGAAAAUAUUUUUAGAAAUAUUACUUGGUAUUUAUUAAAUAGGUUUACGUUCACCUAAAAAAAAUAAACCGCGGUGUUUUAGAAUUA